AUGGUUCACAACAAAGUUACUAUCAUCGGUUCAGGCCCAGCUGCGCACACCGCCGCCAUCUAUUUAGCAAGAGCAGAAAUCAAACCAAUCUUAUACGAAGGUAUGAUGGCGAACGGUAUUGCUGCCGGUGGGCAACUAACCACCACCACAGAAAUUGAAAACUUUCCAGGUUUCCCAGAUGGUCUGACAGGUAGCGAACUGAUGGACAGAAUGAGAGAACAAUCCACGAAAUUUGGCACUGAAAUUAUUACAGAGACAGUUUCCAAAGUUGAUCUGUCUUCCAAGCCAUUCAAAUUAUGGACCGAAUUUAAUGAAGAUGCAGAACCUGUGACCACGGACGCUAUAAUCUUAGCCACAGGCGCUUCUGCUAAGAGAAUGCACUUACCGGGUGAGGAAACCUACUGGCAAAAGGGUAUUUCUGCCUGUGCCGUGUGUGAUGGUGCCGUUCCUAUUUUCAGAAACAAGCCAUUGGCAGUUAUUGGUGGUGGUGACUCUGCAUGUGAAGAAGCUCAGUUCUUGACCAAGUACGGCUCAAAAGUGUUCAUGCUUGUCAGAAAAGAUCAUUUGCGUGCUUCUACCAUUAUGCAAAAACGUGCUGAGCAGAACGAAAAAAUUGAAAUCCUUUACAAUACUGUUGCGCUAGAAGCUAAGGGGGAUGGUAAAUUAUUGAAUGCCUUAAGGAUUAAGAACACUAAAAAGAAUGAAGAAGCUGACUUGCCAGUCAACGGUUUAUUUUACGCUAUUGGCCACUCUCCAGCAACGAAAAUUGUCGCUGGCCAAGUCAACACUGAUGAAGCAGGCUACAUUAAGACUGUCCCAGGCUCCUCAUUGACCUCUGUGCCAGGGUUUUUCGCUGCUGGUGAUGUCCAGGAUUCUAAAUACAGACAAGCUAUUACUUCUGCUGGCUCCGGUUGUAUGGCCGCUUUGGACGCUGAGAAAUACUUAACUUCCUUAGAAUAG